AGACUAGGACACUUCCUGUUUACAGGAGACAAUAAAACCUUUGCCCCUUCCUCACUUGGGGCUGACGCCAUUUUAGGUCUCAGCCAUCCUGCACCCAGGUGCUCAUUAAAACAGCAUGUUGCUCCACACUGCCUCCUGUUAUCUGUUGGAGCGCUCUCAGGGUUUGAAGUGAUACAAAAACCUUACAUCUGGUGCUGAAACCCAGGAGGGGCUCAGGUCUGCAUCCUCCAUGGACCUACCCCUCCACCCCAGAAAGGAGACCACAGCAGCCGGACAAAGGAAGCUCCUCGGUCUCCAGUCACUUCUCUCUGCAUGCACAUCGGUCACUGAUCUCGCCUGCUGGCCCAGUCCCAAGGUGCAAGGCUACUUGCACCAGCAGCGUGCACCAGCAAGAUAGCAGAAGCAGGAAGAGAGCCAGCUGGAAGACACGUACCCCUGAAGAUCGAGAAAGAGGCCAUCUGGGUCCAACGUAGCAGUUGCGUCAGACUAGGACACUUCUUGUUUACAGGAGGGACUGCUAAAGGCCAUGGGAACUGGACACCUGGAUGCUGCGGAGGAAGGGCAAAGUUCGACAUCAACUUGGACAGUUUGCCAGCCUGUUUGUGAGAUUGCUGAUUUGCUCCUUAAGCAAGAGAUUCACUGCUGCUAAGCAUGGCUCAGACCAACUCCUUCUUCAUGCUGAUCUCCUCCCUGAUGUUUCUAUCUCUGAGUCAAGGCCAGGAGUCCCAGACAGAGCUGCCUAAUCCCCGAAUCAGCUGCCCAGAAGGCACCAAUGCCUAUCGCUCCUACUGCUACUACUUUAAUGAAGACCCUGAGACCUGGGUUGAUGCAGAUCUCUACUGCCAGAACAUGAAUUCAGGCAACCUGGUGUCUGUGCUCACCCAGGCGGAGGGUGCUUUUGUGGCCUCACUGAUUAAGGAGAGUGGCACUGAUGACAGCAAUGUCUGGAUUGGCCUCCAUGACCCCAAAAAGAAUCGCCGCUGGCACUGGAGCAGUGGGUCCCUGGUCUCCUACAAAUCCUGGGACACUGGAGCCCCAAGCAGUGCUAAUGCUGGCUACUGUGCAAGCCUGACUUCAUGCUCAGGAUUCAAGAAAUGGAAGGAUGAAUCUUGUGAGAAGAAGUUCUCCUUUGUUUGCAAGUUCAAAAACUAGAGGCAGCUGAAAAAUGGAUGUCUAGAACUGGUCCUGCAAUUACUAUGAGGUCAAAAAUUAAACUAGACUAUUUCUCCAACUCAGUUCAGACCAUCUCCUCCCUAAUGAGUUUGCAUCACUGAUCUUCAGUACCUUCACCUCUCCCAGUCUCUAGAGCCCUGAAAAAUAAAAACAAACAUAUUUUUCUCCAU